AUGUGUGACGGAAAGCGUUCACUGGAGGGGUUGCCGUUCCUUCCCGGUUAUACUUUUCAAGAUCCAACACUAAGUAAUUUUCAUCUCAGCCAUACACUGGGAUACAAGAAUGGUUUCCAAGUUCCUAAACCAUAUCCAGAUGUUGGUAUUGGUGGAAAACCUUUAUACAGAAAUCAAUUAACUGAAGCUGAACUUAAUGAAUUAGCUAGUUUCCAACCAUCAUUGACGUAUGGUAGAACAGUCCAAGCACCACCACAAAAGUUUGUGCCCGCUCAUGUGGCACUCGACAAAAUGGUGCUUAAAUUCUUCGGAUACUUUAAAGAAACAGUCACUGAGUCUCCACUGGAGCACUACCGUGUGCGAUAUGUUCAUAUAUUUUAUUUUUUGGAGGAUGAUAGUAUGCAAAUUACAGAGCCACCCGUUAACAACAGUGGAAUUCCGCAGGGUAAACUUGUGAGACGACAUCGUAUUCCGAAAAAUGACGCUGGUGACCCAUACAACUGGAGAGAUCUCAAUUUGGGAACGAAUCUGGCAGUCUACGGAAGAGUUUAUCGCAUCACAAACUGUGAUAAAUUCACUCGGGAUUUUCUAGAAAGCGAAGGGGUCGAGGUGAACCAACCGGAGCCGGAACCCGUGGAUCCUUACUUGGAAAUGCGUGCCAACCGAGAGGCGCUAAGCCUGAGCAAAACUCCGUCUUCCUAUGACAAACGGCGUCAGUAUUUGGAACAGGAUCACAAAGAAAUCAAGGAGUACUUUGCACCGAAGGAUUUUCGCAUCGGCCAAUCAAUCACAAUCUUGGGUAGAAAAUUCUUCCUCUACGACUGCGACAAUUUCACCAAGGCAUGGUAUUACCAAAACUUUGGACUCACGGAUUUAAAACCGAUCGAUGUGUCCGUUAAAGAGCCAGAGCCCAUAAAAAAGGAAUUACCUCCAUACAAUGGCUUCGGGAGUCUGGAAGACAGUUUGGCCUCCAUGAAAUCUUUUAUGCCUCAUCCACCGCGAAUGGAUUAUGCCAAAGCAGUGGACUACGCAACUAAAUGCUUGCGAUAUGAAGCGCGCUUAGACAGUGUCAGACCUGAGGAUGCUCACAGACGGUUUAUUCUUUCCUAUCAUCUGUCUGACGACAUGAUUUCAAUCUAUGAGACACCACAGCGCAAUUCUGGCUUCCCUGGAGGUACAUAUCUUAAAAGAGCUCGGAUCGCAAAGCCUGGAAGCAGUGUGGAGAGUCCCGUCUACUACGGGCCGGCUGAUUUCUCGCUUGGAUCCAGGAUUGAAGUGUUUGGCAACCGGUUUAUCAUAACUGAUGCAGAUGCUUAUGUGAUCAAAUUCCUGGAGGCCAAUCGUAAUCAGUUCUCAGACGAACUCAUUCACUGUUGGCGUGCACGUAUAACGGAGAAAGAUGAAGAAGACAGAGCACGCGAGGCGACUAAGCAAAAUCGAAUCAAGGGAGGCCCCGUGACAUUGAAGCGACAGGAUGGUGACGUCUUGGAUCUGAAAAACGAAGUGAAGACACAGCUGAAGAAAAUGGCCAUCACAGACAAGUCUCGAAUCGAUGAAAUGUUUCUGCGUUAUGACAAAGACCGUCUUGGAUUUAUUGAUCUGGAGAAUCUUAAGGAUAUGUGUCGAAAGAUGCAGUUGCCACCGGAUGAGGAGGUCCUAAACGCGCUGCUGGAUGAAUGUGGAACCGAUGGGCGCAUGACGUUGGAGCAAUUCCGUCAAUUCUUCGAACUGUAA